AUGGGCGGAUGCUUCUCCAAACCCAAACCAGAACUGCACUGCUCCCAGGCUCAGCCCCGAAGGCACCGCUGUACACUUUCCAUCUGCCCCCCGGAUCCUCAUGUUGAAGUGAAAAUUGAGGUGGUGCUACCAGAGAAAGAGAGGGCCAAGGAAGAGAUGUCACCCAAUGGGAAAGCCAGUCCACUUGUUUACAAAGUCAAUGGGACUGCCCGGCAUUACCACCUCGAAGAACAUCCCAUCACCAUCAACCCCUACCAGAACGUGAAGGAUGUAGUGGAAGCCUCCGUGUGCCACGUGAAGGACCUUGAGAAUGGACAGAUGCGAGAAGUAGACCUGGGUUGUGGGAAGGCUCUGCUGAUAAAGGAAAAUGGAGACUACUAUGCAAUGGGACAUAAAUGCCCUCACUACGGAGCCCCACUGGUGAAAGGGGUUUUAUCCAAAGGAAGAGUGCGCUGUCCCUGGCAUGGGGCUUGUUUCAGCAUUGGCACUGGUGAUAUAGAGGACUUUCCUGGCUUGGACAGCUUACCCAAAUUCCAGGUGAAAAUCGAGAAGGAGAAGGUGUACAUCCGAGCGAGCAAACAGGCUCUUCUGACGCAAAGAAGGACAAAGGUUAUGGCAAAAUGUAUCUCCCUCAGCAACUACAAUAUCAGUAGCACCAACGUACUGAUCAUCGGAGCAGGUGCUGCUGGAUUAGUUUGUGCAGAGACCUUAAGACAGGAAGGUUUCUCCGACAGGAUCGUCAUGUGCACAAUGGACAGACACUUACCCUAUGACCGACCCAAGCUAAGUAAGUCAAUGGAUUCCCACUUAGAUCAGAUCACCUUGCGCCCCAAGGAAUUCUUCCGUACAAAUGACAUUGAGGUCCUGACUGAAACACAGGUUGCGGCUGUGGACAUCAAGAACAAGAUAGCUGUGUUCAAGGAUGGAUUUAAGAUGGACUAUAACAAACUGCUGAUAGCAACUGGAAACACGCCCAAAGCCCUUAGCUGUAAAGGCAAAGAAGUCGAGAAUGUUUUCAACAUCCGAACCCCUGAAGAUGCCAACCGGGUAGUGAAACUGGCCAGCAGCAAGAAUGCAGUUAUAGUGGGAGCCUCUUUCCUUGGGAUGGAGGUGGCAGCCUACCUGACAGAGAAGGCCCAUUCCGUGUCUGUGGUUGAGCUGGAAGAAGUGCCUUUCAAGAAGUUCUUUGGGGAGAAGGUUGGCCAAGCUCUCAUGAAGAUGUUUGAAAACAACAGGGUGAAGUUCUACAUGCAGACUGAAGUGUCUGAGCUGCGGGAGCAGGAGGGCAAGCUUAAGGAAGUUGUCCUGAAGAGUGGGAAAGUCCUCCGUGCGGAUGUCUGUGUCAUCGGCAUAGGUGCAAGUCCAGCAACAGGAUUUCUGAAGCAAAGCGGCAUUAACAUUGAUUCCAAAGGCUUCAUUGUCGUCAACAAGAUGAUGCAGACCAACAUCCCAGGAGUUUUUGCAGCUGGUGAUGCUGUCACCUUUCCACUGGCCUUGCGUAACAACAAGAAGGUGAACAUCCCUCACUGGCAGAUGGCACAUAUGCAUGGCCGCAUAGCAGCUCUGAACAUGCUGGCCCAUGGCACGGAGAUCAGCACGGUCCCGUACCUGUGGACGGCUGUGUUUGGGAAGAGCCUACGCUAUGCAGGCCACGGGGAAGGAUUUGAUGAUGUCGUCUUUCAAGGCGAUUUAGAUGAACUGAAGUUUGUGGCAUUUUACACCAAGAACGAGGAGGUGAUUGCUGUGGCUAGUAUGAACUAUGACCCGAUUGUGUCCAAAGUCGCUGAGGUCAUGGCCUCUGGGAGAGCGAUCAGAAAACGAGAUGUGGAAACUGGAGACAUGUCUUGGUUAACUGGAAAAGGCUCUUAA